GGGCGGGAGCGGGCCGGGCUGGAGCCGCAGCGCCAAGGGCUCGGCCAUGGGCGAUUUCCAGCUCUCCGUGGAGGAGCUGAACGAGCUCCUGUCUAACGGGAGCGGCUGCUACAGCCUGCCCAGCGCGCACAGCAACGAGGUGGUGCCGCGCAUCCACGUGGGGAACGCGUUCAUAGCCAAGAACAUAACGAGGCUGCAGCAUCUGGGGAUAACCCAUGUUCUGAAUGCAGCAGAGGGGAAAUCAUUCAUGCAUGUGAACACUAAUGCAGAGUUCUAUGAAGGCUCAGGCAUCAGAUACCAUGGCAUUAAAGCUAAUGAUACACAGGAAUUUAACCUCAGUCGCUACUUUGAGGAGGCAGCUGAUUUUAUUGACAAAGCCCUUUCCCAGAAGGAUGGCCAGGUGCUGGUGCACUGCCGCGAGGGCUACAGCCGCUCGCCCACGCUGGUCAUCGCCUACCUGAUGCUGCGGCGCGGCAUGGACGUGCGCAGCGCGCUCUGCGCCGUGCGCCAGCAGCGCGAGAUCGGCCCCAACGACGGCUUCCUCCGGCAGCUCUGCCAGCUCAACGAGCGCCUGCUCAAGGAGGGCAAGGUCAAGCCCUAGAGCACAGCGCUGCGCUGGUUCUGCUUUCGGUUUCUCGGAGCUUUAGAGGAUGGGUUAGGCGCUUUAGAGACGCGAAUUUCAACCGCCCGGCUGGAAUUGCUGCUUGUCUAGUGAAAAUGUCCGUCGGGAACUCUGUGAUGUUUUCGAGGUGGGACAAAGUUGUGUCGCUGUUUGGAGCUGUUGCCAUCAAGGGAUGUUUGUAGACGGGUAACUCAGCUGUCUUCACACACAUUUCAGAGCCCCUGCAGGCUCCAUAGCAUAUGUGGUUUGCGUUGACAUUGAAUGUGAUUUGUUUAAGCUUUGUCUUUAGUUGUCUCACCAGUUCAGGAGCACAUAAUCACAGAUUGAUUAUAUGCAGCUGCUUUUAUUGAAGAGCUCUGGGUGUCAGGGGCACAGACCCAAAUCUGACUCUGACAUGGGUUCAGGAUGAACACAGUUUUAUACCCUUAUUAUGUAACUCCAUAUUAAUUAUUAAACUUACAUUGUUCUAUUGUGUACAUUGAUUUCAUCCAAGCAUGGAUUCUUGUAAUUUGAUGAGCCCUUGGGGUACACUGGACUGGGACUGUCCCAGUGCCACUUCCAGUGUCCCCAGUGCCACUCCCAGUGUCCCAAGUGUCCCCAUUUCCCUGUUCCCAGUGCAAACUGGAGCUGGUGGUUGGGUCCCUGGCAUCCUGCAUGGAGCUGGUGCUGAGGACAAGCCCUUGGGGACACUGGACUGGGACUGUCCCAAUGUCCCCAGUGCCACUCCCAAUCCAAAAAUCCAUUACAUUGAUUUCAUCCAAGCAUGGAUUUCAGUAAUUUUCAUCAAACCCCCCUAACAUAGUUUCUCAUGAUUCUUGUUACGAUUAAACAAUUCUAUCCAAUUACCAAACAAUCAUCACAUUUAACAAUUAUGUCAUUUAUCAUAUAACAAUCAUAUCUUUUAUCAUAGUCAUUAAAUUAUUAUACAGGUGCAGUUUUGCAUGAUCCCUUAAAGCCUAAUGUUUUCCCAGGCCCAACCUUUCUUUCCAUUUCCCCUGAAUAUCCCAUGAUUUUAGAAACAUUUUAUCCCUAUAUUUUCAACCAGAGCACCAGCUCCCAAAAGCCCCAACACAUCCCUUCACUCACUCUUAAUAGGAGCACUGUAAUUUCUAAAGCUUCUUUUUCAUGCACACAGGUGCCUAAGGUUUGAAUGUAGGAACUUCAGGGAAUGGGAAGCAAAUGUACAAAUGCACAGAUGCAUUCACUUGGAAAAGAAAGUGCAUGCAGUGUUUUGUGUGGAUUUAUGCUAUACACAGUGUGAGAGUAAAGCCAUUCAGAACCCAUGCUUGAUGUACACUGUGUCUCCAAGAAUAGUUUUUUAUCUUUUCUGUUACAAUGGACAUGAAAUAGUCUGUUAUUAAAUGCUCUUUUAUUUCAAGAUCAUAGUAGAAAAAACGUCAAUUACAAAUGCUGAGGGAAGAACUUGAACAAGGAAGAAAUAAUAUUAAUAUUUAGAAGUGUUUGUGGUGGAUAUAUAAUAUAAGUAUCCUAAUAUAAUGCCUUUCAAAGCUUGUAUGGAAUUACAGUGUCUUUAUCUCUUCUUUACUAUCACUGUUCAGUAACAGAAUGGAAUGACCUCACGUGCAGAUUCCUUCCUUACAAAGCAGUUUGCACAAGAACACUCUUGACUUCUUGGAUUGCUUGCAUGGUAUCAUGAAAUAAAAAUGAGCAUUGUAAUGUACCACACUGUAUAGGAAAUAUUUACAUUGUAUUCAAAUAAAUGACGACUUGAUUCUGUUUACUACAGAUGAAAUGAGUGUUGGGAGCGGGAGCUUUGUUUGCACUGUGCCUGACUUAGUGAUAAAUGUGUACCUGUGAUUUACAGCACUGUAUUCAUGCCAGUGAUCUCCCACUGCAAACUGGAAUUGUUGGUUAAACCAUCAGAAACCAGGGUGACUGCUCCAUUCUCACCUGUGCUUUAAUGGAGUUCUAGAAUGAAAAAUCUUAACACUGUUUUAAAGAGAAACACUUCAAUAGUAGCACAUGUGAUCCCAGAUGAAAUUUUGUCUACUCAGGUCAGUAAUCAGCAAUCACAAACCAUGCAUGCAUUGUUUUACAAUCAGAAAUUGUUUAGAAUCAGAAAUCACAAAGGCCAUGCAUGCAUUGGUUUACAAGCAGAAAUCACAAAGGACAUGCAUGCAUUGUUUUACUGCUGAUUUUGGGGUUGUGUGGUUUGAGGUGUGGGAGAGGCAGUGGGGGCUCUGUACAGCAAGGUAAAGUUCUUGAAGUUAAAUUCCAGAGCAGAUUAUUCUGCUUUAGCUCCACUCUUCCUGUUUUUCCUUCCACAGGAUGGAGCUGCCACAUCAAGGAGCCUUUUCUCUGUUGUGUCCUUCAGGUGACAGUGGAGGGACACUCUGCAUGGUGUUCCUGUCACAUCUCCACUGUCAGUCAGUAUUCACUGCUGGCUUUGAACCAGGAUGGUUCAGUACUAAUAAGUAGUAAUCAAUUCCACUACCUAAUUACACACCUGUUUGCUUUCUCCCAUUGAUCCACUUAAUCAGGAGUAGAUUAAUUGCUUCCUCAAAAUUCCUAGUUACUAAUUUCAUAUUGUGUGAAGUAGGAGUAGUGGCUUUAGAAACAGGAAUACUGGCCUUACCUUUUCUACAAUGCUGACUUUUCAUACUGCAGUUUAAUUUAUAAAUUACCUUUUAAAAAAUACUUUAAACAUAGAUUUUUUUUUUAUUGUCUCACACCAUGUAUUCUUAACACCUAUUUGCACUAUAAGGAAGAAAAAGGGAAGUUCACACUGGAUGCACUUUAUCUUUCACCUGUUACUUGGAAAUCAAAAUUCCAGUCUAUUAAAGAGCUAAGAAACCAUUAGGCAUUAGAUCUUUGUUGACCUUUAAUAAACCAGAAUGGUUUAUUAAAAUUGAGUCUGUUUACUUUAUGGUGAUAUUUCUGUAGUUGUCACUAACAAGAAAUAUUGAAAAUCAAAACAGGGGAAUCUGUUCUUAUAUUCAAGAUAAUUUUUACUUCUUGGGACACUGGUCACUCUUAUGGAAACUCUGGCCCAUUUGUCUCAGUAUAACAAAACUGAUUUAGCAAAUGUUUUGCAAUAUGAGAGUGGAGAGGCAUGAGUAAAACAAUGUUAUAAAUUGGUUUUAAAAUUGAGACAGAGUAUGAUAUUUAAAAUCACUAAUAGACAACUCAGCAACAAAGCCAUUUCUGCUUUUAGAGCAGGCUAAAAAUAGUUGAAAUGUCAGAGCACUGCUCCAUUAAUGGAUCAUAGCCUUCCUCUGAGUCUUGCUCUCCAAGUACAGUCACGCUGCAAAUUCCUCUGCCCAUUUUAGCUGGCCAGGAAGGUCUUGUAUGUCUGUGACCCACAGUGAUAUGCUGUAUACCACAUUUCUCUUCCUGAUUGUAGAAGGAAAGAUACAUAAAACAUGGGAAUGAGAGCUUUCUUUCCUUGUAAUAUGAAAUUGAGAAUGUAUUGGAAAAAAUAGAGCUUUUUAUUCCUCUGAAAUUGCUGAGCACCUGCCCUUUGCUGUGAGAUCUUCCUUACAAGAAUGCUAAUUUAGGGAGGUACAUUUGGAAAGAACUGUUUGUCGCAAACAGCAACACUCUGAUGCCAGAAGCAGAAAUUUUUACCUAAUUUUAUUUUUUAUAUUAGUUCUGCUAGUUUACUAUGAUGUUUUUAGCACAGAGAUUAUCUAGUGGAAUCUGUCUUAGUUUAGCACAGAAAUUUCUCCUAAAAUUAUUUUCUGGGCUUCACCAAAGAGCAAAACUAGAAAUAGAACAAGCCUGAGGGGUGUCUUUUAAGGAUUUGCUGGUGAGAAUUAGUUGUAGUUAUUUAUUAAUUUAUUCUGCAAAUAAAUCCUGGAAAUAACGAA